AUGGGUGGUGGUGGAAAGAUCCCGUACCCCAAGCAUGUCUGGUCCCCGUCCGGUGGUUGGUACUCCCAACCGUCCAACUGGAAGGGCAACACGAUUGUCGCCGGAGCCGUCAUGGCCGCCAUCGUCGCAGUGACCUGGAAGUUUAGUGCCGACCGCGAAACGUUUGCGCGCAAGCCAGAACCCGGUGAGAGAGAGAGAGAGAGAGAGAUGUUAACAACUUUCACCUUGCAGCUGGACAAAGCAAUUGAAAGAGUACGACGCCGAGGAAAAAUCUACGGCGGACAAGAACUAGAGAGUAUGGUUAUCGGUUUACUCAGUCCCGUUGUGUAUCCCGUCAUCGCCGAAAAUCAUCGCCAACCUUCGCCCACAGUGGCUUUCCGAGCGAUUCGCCUUGCAGGCCUCGCCGUCGGCGUCGGACUCAGUGCCCUGUCUGCGUACCAUCGCGGUCGGGAGCAUCGUCGCCCCAUGGCCGACUUCGGCUUCCUCGACGCCACAGGCGGCCGCGAGGUUGUCUACUGUCACGCCUGCAGACAUGAGUGGUAUCGCGACCAGCAUGGCAUAGUCUGCCCCCACUGCGACGGUGAUAUUACCGAGAUCAUCGACCCCGAAAACGACCCGAGAGAGCUCAACGGUCGGGGCCAUAACCACAGCUCCUCGGCUUCGUCGGAUCGGAUGCCCACCAGAGGCUACUACGACGACGACUCGGACCCCGGGGAGGCAGACAUAGAAGAGCAGCUCAGUGAUGCUGCCGACCAGGGCUUCGCUUUCAACCGAGACACCCGCCAUGCCCACGACCACAGGCACCAUGACCCCGACGUCGACCCCGUCAUCCACCGUUUUAUAGACAUGGUGAACGGCUUCGGCACCGCCCACGACCCGCGCGCCCAGCCUGGCCUUCAUACCCACCACAUUCAUCGUCCUGACAAUCGUCAACAUCAGGAUCAUGAGCACGGCCAUUGGUUCGACGACGAUCACCACCACGACCAUGGCGGCAACCACCCCGAUCAUGGUCCCGACCAUGGCCACAAUACCGGCAUGCCUUCGCCCAUGCCCGACUUCAACUCUACUGCCAGAGACCACUUUGCAGGUCCGCGCAUACACCGUACCACCAUCCGUAAUGGGCCCUUUGGCGGCACGGCAAGCAUAACGAUCUUCUCCGGCUCCAUGCGACCCCGCGAUGGACCUCCUGCGAUGGAGGGCGGCGGGAGUGACCCGUUUCAAGAAAUAUUUAGCAGUAUUUUCCGCGACAUAGGGCCGCCGCCUGCAGGCGACGGCCAGACCCCCGCUGGCGGACCGGGACGGCCCCAAGGCUUUGCCAGAAGCCUGCAGGAUCUUCUGGGCCUGCUCAACCCAGCCAACGCCGUGGCGGGCGACGCCGUCUACUCGCAGGAGGCCCUGGACCGCAUCAUUUCCAACCUGAUGGAGGUAAAUCCGCAGUCCAAUGCUGCGCCGCCGGCUACGGAAGACGCCCUGCAGAAGAUGGUGCGCAAGCCUGUCGACGCCGAGAUGCUUGGUGCCGACGACAAGACGGAGUGCUCCAUCUGCAUCGACGAGAUGAAGCUUGGCGACAUAGCCAUGUUCCUUCCGUGCAAGCACUGGUUCCAUGAGAAGUGCGUGGUACUCUGGCUCAAGGAGCACAACACGUGCCCCAUCUGCCGCACGCCCAUUGAGAUAAAUGAGCGCUCCGGUUCAGCCAAUAAUAACGGUGGCAACCCUAACGGGCAGCAACAGCCCGGUGGCAGCAGCAGCAACAGCAACAGCAGCAGCGGCAGCAGCAGCAGCAGCAACACCAAUAACAACAACAAUAAUACAGGCAAUGCCGCACCAUCGUCUUCAUCAAUGCCCCCCGGGUUCCUGUCCUCUUACCCCUUUGGCAGCGAUAGCCGCAGUGGACGAUCAUCACCGGGACCAAGCCUGUGGUUCACGACACGACGCUUCGACACUACGGGCAGCGGCGGCGGCAGCGGCAGCGACGGCGGCGGCGGCAGCGCGAUAGGAAGCUACUACUACCGGCAGAACGCACGGCCGCCGAGCCAGCGCCACAGCCGACUGAACGAGGCGCUGCGCAGUGUGUCGUCGAUGCAGGAGCGGGAGCGGGAGCGGGAGCGAGAACGUGAGCAGGGCUCGUCGUCGAGCGUCAGCUACGACACGUCCCGUCUGCAGCGCCGCAACUCCAUGUCACCCACCAGCCGCCGGACGACCAGCGACCUAUCUUCCCGGAUGAGAGAGCGCAGUCCCUCGCAAAGCAGUGGCCGAUGGGCAGAAUCCGACCGCUGUGACGCAGGUAUGCCGUCAUCAUCGGGCCUCGGCGGUGCCACCUCUUCAUUGUCACGACGCCAAUCUCCAGGCGGAGGCGGUACAGGACCGCUUAGCUGGUUGAGAGGUCGUCUAGGCGGUAGUGGCAGCGGUAGCGGUAGCGGUGACAGUGGUUACUCGCCGAGGGACGAGGACGAUCGACGAUCCUAG